CGCGGGGGUGGGGAGGAGGGCAAGAUGGCGGUCGGUGAGUGAUUCUGCCUGGGUUCCUUCAGGCUUGAGGAGACGCCUGGGCGGAGGUCCUGCUCGUCCUGCCUGCUGGCCAUCUCUCCCCCGCCCCCGGAGGCCUCCUCCUUUCCUUCCUCCAACUUGGAGGCGGGCCAGCAUCCCUGGACACCAUGUCAGACUCUGAGGAGGAGAGCCAGGACCGGCAACUGAAAAUCGUCGUUCUGGGGGACGGCACCUCCGGGAAGACCUCCUUAGCUACGUGUUUUGCUCAAGAGACUUUUGGGAAACAGUACAAGCAGACUGUAGGACUGGAUUUCUUUUUGAGAAGGAUUACCUUACCAGGAAAUUUGAAUGUUACUCUUCAAGUUUGGGAUAUAGGAGGGCAGACAAUAGGUGGCAAGAUGUUGGAUAAAUACAUCUAUGGAGCACAGGGGAUCCUCUUGGUCUAUGAUAUUACAAAUUAUCAAAGUUUUGAGAAUUUAGAAGAUUGGUAUUCUGUGGUGAAGACUGUGAGUGAAGAAUCGGAAACUCAGCCGCUGGUUGCUUUGGUGGGCAAUAAAAUUGACUUGGAGCAUAUGCGAACAGUAAAACCUGAUAAACACUUACGAUUUUGCCAGGAAAAUGGUUUUAGUAGCCACUUCGUUUCAGCCAAGACAGGAGACUCUGUCUUCCUGUGUUUUCAGAAAAUUGCUGCAGAAAUCCUGGGAAUCAAAUUAAACAAAGCAGAAAUAGAACAGUCACAGCGUAUUGUAAGGGCAGAAAUAGUCAAGUACCCGGAAGAAGAUAAUCAACACCCCAGCUCUUCUCAGAGUAGAGUCUGUUCAGUACAAUAGUGCAGAGGGUGGUGAAGGCAGAUAUUGUAAACUACAACCAGGAACCCAUGUCAAGAACUGUUAACCCACCUCGGAGUUCCAUGUGUGCAGUUCAGUGAAUACACACUGUAUUGAUAGUUUUGGUUUUCUUCCCCAGGAUUGGGCCCAGACUGUAAAGGAACAUGUUUUAUCAAUGACCAUUUCUGUAGUCAGUUCAUACUUUCCUCUUGCUCUGCUCCUUCAUCCUUAAGUUGCCUCAUAGUAGCAGGCAGCUCCCUGGACUGGAAGGAAUUCGGCUUCGGGACCUCACAUUUUGAAAUCUGAAUGGAGAGAGUCCAUUCUCUGGACUGAGACUGCCUCUUCGCUCCAGAAGAACCAUGUGGCUAAUGUCCUUACUUCUUUUUUCCUAAAUACAAAAGAAUAUAACCAAAUGUGAAGAUGUUCCAAGCUUUGAUCAUCAUUCUAUAUCUGAACUCAUGUAUGUGAAAGUGUACUUCAGAGUACUGAUGGUGACAGUUACUCAAGAAGGUGUUCCUUUGCUGGCUAUUAAGAGAAAAUACACAAAGCUUCAUUUAAUUGAAAGUGCUUCAAAUGAGGCUGUAAUAGAAAUAUUUUUUC